CCUGGCUGAGCUUAGUUUUGAUUUUUAGUUCGAUCUGUCCGUGCAACGAACGAAGAUGAGGCAGCAUCUGUGGUGUUUAUUAUUUUUGGUGAUCUGUCUGACGGCGGCACUGGUGAAAUCUGAAUCAUUCGUCGAAGUCGAUGAUGAAGGCAAUGAAAUCGAAGUUAAGCGCUUCUACAUUGAAGGACGUCAGCUAAAUGGUGGACGACGACAAUGUGUGGAGACACGUAGACGUAAACGUUCUUCCGUCUACGGACAAGAGGAUGACAAAUCGAAUGAUGAGAUUAUGACAUCCACCUCAACGGCGCCAGAUGGCAUCGACACCGCUGUUUCCAUAGAUGAGGAGGAUGAUAAUGAUGUGAGAGCCGAUGAGCCGGUAGGUGUGUUUGGCAUACUCCAAGAUAGCGGUGACCAGGAAGAACAAAACAUGGCAGAACAUGAAAAUGAAGGAGGUGAAGAGGAUGACAAUGAGAAUGAGAAUGAAAAUGAGGUUGAGGAGGGAGGCGAAGCCACACUCAAUUUACCGGUAGUCGCGCAGGUCACACAACAACAAGUAGCACAGCAAAAUGGCGUACAGUCAAAUUUGGAUGCUGAUGCCACCAACAACAAUGGCAUAGUAAUUGUACAAACCAAUAUACCGCCUAAGGUGAAUCCAGAGACACACGCAGUUUUUGAACUGCUGCCGGUGGAACAAGAAUAUGAAGAAGACGAGCUUGAUGGCGAUGAUUAUGGUGAUGAAGAUUCCCAUCUAUUAUAUCAAGAAGAAAUUAGUCCUGUGAGCACCACAGCUAUUUGGUCGACGGGUGAGGAUAAUCCUGUGCCAUAUGCUCCGGCUGAGGCUGAUUAUGAAGGAAAUUAUGAUUUGGCUACGUCUGAGGAGCAGGAGCCCACAGCUAAACCGAAACCGAAACCAACGCUAAAACCCUCGAAAAAACCUUCAAAGCGACCUACGAAAAAACCAUCAAAGAGGCCAUCCAAAAAGCCUUCACGAAAACCAUCGCGUAGACCUUCGAGAAAACCUAAGCGAAAGCCUUCUCGCAAACCUGCCAGAAAGUCUAACAAAAACCGUCAUUCCAAGCGUCCAUCAAAACGUCCAAACAGAUCGGACGUCAAUCGUCGUCGCCCAAGCAAUAAGCGCAAGCAAUCUCCUGUUAGACGUGGCACGAGCAACAAUAAGAGACGUCGUCAACGUCCCAAUUACCAGAGUGGCAGCUUUAAUCGUGUGCGCGAGACAGCCAAUCGUCGUAAGAAUCACAAUCUGAGCAAUGUAAAUCACAAACAUAAACAAUUAAAUAAGGAGGAUUCCGCCGAUCAAGGUACAAAUACGUAUACGAAGUCCGAGACGUACACGAAGACCGGCACUGUGAACGACGAGAAGAAUGUCAAUUGCAUUAUUAUCAAUAAAACCACCACGCCGCGCCCAUUCUGGGGUCUGUUCGGUCGCAGCGCCGAUGGUGACGAGGCUGAGGCACCCACCGCGAAACCCUACGGCCGAAGGAAGCGCAUUAACUUCAGCAUACCGGCCUAAGCUUAAUUAAUAGUGUCAGACAGUAGUGAAAUAGCAUUAAUUUUAAUUUAAUAACUAUUUAUUUAAUAUUUAUUUAGAAAAGAUAAAAGAGAAUAAAGAAAUGUAC